AAAAAAAACAAGUGUAAAUAAAUCUUUUUUUCUCUCUCACUCAGUUAUUUUAAUCCUUUUCUCUUACUUUCUUUUUUAUUCUGUCCGUAAAUAACAUAAAGGGCAUGCAUCCAAAUUCACAUCUCCACCAAUACCUACAAGCAGGGGCCGGCAAUUCACUCUCUGCCUCGCUUCAACAACAGCAACAACCAGGUAAUAACAUGAACGCGUUGUCUCAACAUUUUCCUGCCAUGAAUCGUUCAAAUGGAGGAAAUAAUGCCGAUCCUUUUGUGUAUGCCCAAAUGAUGAAUAAUCAGGUUGGCUCACAAGCUAUGCCGAUGUCAGCUAAUUUCGUCAUGCAACAACAACAACAGCAACAACAGCAACAACAACAUGAGCAUCAAACCGCCCAAAAACUGCAACAAUUAGAUGAAGAAAAGAUUUAUGGACUCGUUGUGGAAUUACUCAAUCCAGCCACUAGAGAACAAGCUUUAUUAGACUUGAGUAAAAAGAGAGAGCAGUACGAAGACUUGGCUUUGGUUUUAUGGUAUUCAUAUGGUGUGAUUCCUGUAUUACUCCAAGAGAUUGUUACGGUAUAUCCUUUAUUAACACCUCCUACUUUAAGUGGUGGAGCAUCCAACCGUGUCUGUAAUGCACUUGCUCUUCUUCAAUGUGUUGCCAAUCAUAACGAGACACGAAGCUUAUUCCUUCAAGCCCAUAUCCCACUCUAUCUUUACCCCUUUUUGAACACUACGAGCAAAACUAGACCUUUUGAAUAUUUAAGAUUGACAAGCUUGGGUGUUAUUGGUGCUUUGGUCAAAAAUGAUAACCCGGAAGUCAUCAGUUUCUUAUUAUCGACUGAAAUCAUUCCACUUUGUCUUCGUAUUAUGGAAACCGGUAGCGAACUAUCAAAGACGGUGGCUAUUUUCGUAGUUCAAAAGAUUCUUUUAGAUGAGACUGGAUUGUAUUACAUCUGUCAAACAUAUGAGCGUUUUUAUGCAGUAGCAACAGUUUUACACAACAUGGUCAAUCAACUUGUUGAGAAUCAAGCUAUGCGUCUUCUUAAACAUGUUAUUCGAUGUUAUUUAAGAUUGUCAGAGAAUCCAAGAGCACGUGAAGCGUUACGUCAGUGCCUUCCUGAACCACUUAGAGACUCCACUUUUCAUCAAGCUUUAAAGGACGAUGUAGCCACCAAGCGUUGUUUAGGACAACUGUUGCUUAAUCUCUCUGACGGUAUCAACUAAAAAAUAGAGAGAGAGAAAAAAAGAAACUUACCAGAACCCAUCCCAAAACACUUUUUACAUAACAAUUUUUUAUAUUUAAUCAUUUUAAUAAGCAGGCGGCUUAAUAGAUGUAAAUUUUUUUUUCUCACUUUCCCCACCAUAUGAUUCCCUUUCUACCCCCUCUACCUCUGUAAAAAAAACCCAACAACCAAAAAACACAAAAAAACACAAAAAAAAACUUCUUUCACCUCCCAUUUUUUUUUUCUGAAAAAAAAAAAAAAAAAAAAAAAAAAAAAAA